AUGGAUAACCUUAUGGAUAACCUUAUGGAUAACCUUAUGGAUAACCCUAUAAAUAACCCUAUAGACAAUGAUUAUAUCGACAAUAGUGAUAUUUAUAAUGUAUCAGUCACUAAUGACUUAGCUUCAACAUCUUCUGUGCUGAUUUCUAAUAAAACUACAAGCAAAACCAUGAGUGAAACUAUUAGCAAAAAUAUGAGUGAAACUACUAGCAAAAAUAACAUUCAAAUGAAUUUUGAAGAUUUAUAUCUUCAUGCUUAUUACUUACCACCAACUAUUGAUCAUAAGAUUGUUAUUGAUACUGAAAAUGAUACAUCUAUAUUUAAAAACCAUAUUGAUGAUUUCUUUGAAUAUACAAUAAAACAAACUCAGAUUAAUAAAAAAAAUCUAUUAUGUCAA